AUCAGACAGCAUUGUAAAUUAUUGUUGUCGUUAACAGAAAUCUGUUGAAAAGCUACUGAGGAUACAUAUGCAGACAUUGUGUUUUUAAAAUUAUGACUUCCUCCCAUGGUCAGGUUGGAACCGUGAUAGUGAUAGGAAUAUUUUCUAUAAAUACAUGUAUGUAGAAUCGAUAUUCUCCACAAUUUUUCUCAUGAAAUGUAUACUUGUACAUUCAGUGGAAUCAGUUGGUUAAAGCCAUAGCAUCCGGAUUAAGGAUGACUCAAAUUUAAGAUAAAAUGAAAGAGCACGAUACACUCAAAAGAAGAGCAAUGUGUCACAUGCAAAUGAAUUCAAUCUCAUAACAUAAAAUUUUACGUGCAUUCUUUCAAACAUAUAUGAAAUGGCAUAUUCUUUAAAUCUAUGAUGAAGCGUUUGGGAUUUAAAAAGACAAAUCUGCUAUUCGAUGCCUCUGGUACGUGCAAUAUAUGUCAAAAUCCUGAAUACUGUUUUAGCAUGGAUGACUAUUAUCAUAUAAACAGAUAACAACCAACAGUGGUUUCACUUACUGGACUGUUUCAGGGAAAUGAAGUAUAAAGACAUAAGUAUAUAAGAAAGUGAAAUGUUUGAAAUAAGUUCUGAGCCUCAAAUGGUUCAUCAUGUCAGAUAUGAUGCGAUCCUCGGCUCUAAAACAAUGGAAUAUGUUCAAAACGUGUGACAUCGUGUUCAUUCCAUGCCUUUCUAUCUGUCUUAGAUAAAGUACUUGUUAGCGGGUUAUGAGCCCCAUCUCGAGGUUCUGAAUUACCGGCACAAUUUUGCCUUCCUAACAGCCAUUUUUAUGCAGUCUAAUCAAUAGUUUUCAGUUUUAUUUCAUAUAAGGAAAUCAUUUGAAUGAUUUCAAUGUAUCCCAUCACUGAAUGGGCACCAUAGUCGAUUGCAUCUGAAGAAUAAAUCGAAGUGCCUUUAACGUUUUUCUAUUAUGAGGAAACACUGUUACAUUCCAAUAACUAGGAAGGAAGUGAGGAUCAAACUAUGAAGGAAAUACAUGUUCCGUCAGUCAACAAGAGAUGAAUAUGAUUUAGUAUGAACAUCUUUACUGAGAUGACUCGUCUUUGCAGUGAUAAUAUGAUACGCCUAUGGUUUGGAUGUGUGAUAUUUUUAGAUUCAUGUGUAUCACAAAAACCUCAAGGACGAUGUGAAAAUCAAGGGGACCUUGCCAUAUCCACGUGUUGUCUGAACUACAUUAACAUAGAUGGAGACUGCAUCGCCUGCCUACCAGGUACAAUGGGGAUAAACUGCUCUAGACUAUGUCCUGAUGGUUUCUAUGGCCAGUUCUGCCUGAAGGAGUGUAAUUGUCACCCCACACAGAGAUGUAGUAAGGCCAAUGGGUGUGUUUGUAAGGGGAACAAUUGCUCAAGUGUGUCCCAUGCAUUCGAUGUAGUUGAGGAACCUUCUUGUACAUCAAGCGAUGCUGUUGCUAUCGCACUGGGAUUCGUUAUUGUCAUUCUACUCUUCGUCCUUAUGCCUGUCACAGUCCAGCUGUACAGACUUAGGAAACUACGCACCAAGAUAAAAUCACCUACUGCGUACAUGGAGACAGACAUACAACAGGAGAAUGCACCAUUGCACUCUUACGAAGCGAUGAUGAAGAAUCUGCCACGUGAGGUAAAACAUGAUGAGCAGCCGACAGACGUGUCAACGUCAGGGAAUGAGAACUACUUAGAACCCAAACAAGCAACCAUCAAACCAGUUGUGCUUACAGGGCAGUACCAACAAACCAAACAGACUACAACCUGCAACACGAGCCAGUCCAAAGUAAAGGUAUCGGACUUACCAAGCCAAACGUCACACAUCACCAGUUUUGAAUCGCCCAAAACGGUGGAUUUAGUUGCUAUGGAAACUCCCGCCGAAGACAAUGGUGAGUCUUACCUCGAUAUGGGACAGAAACAAAGGCUAGACUAUCUCGACGUCAUAGCAACUGUAGAACAAGCGCAGGAGCUUGAUCCAGACACAUCGGAUUACGUGGAAGCAGAAUCACAGAAUGUCCGUCCUUAACUGUCCUAUUCAUCUUAUUUAAGACUGUUGUACUCGGCUGAACGCAAAUAUGUCAUUAUUUCAGGAACAUAUUUUUGUUGUAUCGGGUCAUAUUGGGUGAUUAUAUAGACAAAGCCAAUCGCGCUAUGCUUCCCAUAUGUUUUCACUGUUUUUUUGUAUAGCCCCGUAAUACUAAAAUACUAGACAUUUAAUCUUAAUUUUGUAAUAUAUAAGAUUUAUAUCCCAGUAACACUACAAAACCAGACAUCUAAUCCUAAUUUUGUAAUAUGUAAGAUUUAUAUCCCAGCAAUACUACAAAACUAGAGAUUGUGUAAAGAAUAAGAUUUUUUAAUGAAUUGAAAAGUCACUGCUUUUAUAAAAAAAAAAAAAAUGAUAAAAUAGAAUGAAACAGGAGAGAUUCAGUAUUGAUAAGAUAAUGGUAAAUGUACAUGUAAAUACUAUUACAUGUACAUAAUGCAAAGACAGUUGAUACAUGUUUAAACAACACAGGAUCAUCUGAUUUUCAUCAAACGUUCAUAGCGUGACCAAGUAAAAUACCGCAGUGAUCUAAAGUUUAUCAUUAUCAAGACUUCGCUUUACAUUCUUCAGAUCAAAAUAUUUUAUUGUUGGAAUAACUAUUUAAAAUGUCACAGUCUGAUGCUAUCAAUCUUGAUAAGUAUGUUACAAAGUGAGAUUAUCCUCUCUAAUUAAAUAUGUCGCAGGUUGAGAUUAUCGUCAUAGACAGGUGCUAUUUCUCUUAAUUAGUAUGUCACAGCCCCGCAAAAUUUCUCACAACAAAGAGUAAUAUACCUAGCUCCUGCCUCUCCUUCAGUGAAUGCCAUAAAGGUCGGUCCCUUCGUACAAAAAUAUUUGGGUAUACGCCUAGUGUAAUGUGUAUUUCAUUGUCCCUGAUUUCCCUCAAUAUCAAAAGAGGAAAAGGUACACUUAUCAGGUUCUCAUUUCAAUUCCUUGUCAGGACCAUUCUGUCAUUGUCUUCCAAUACAUUUCCAUUAGAAGGUUACAUAUAUAUGUAGGUUCAAUUAUUUGUAUAAAAGUGGUUUUAUCUAUAA